CAUCUUUUCUUUACUUUACUAAAAAAAAAUACAGAUUGCGAAAAGUGCGAAAUUGCUUUCUGAAGUAAACAUUAUGCAUUAAACAAUUUUCCUAAAGGAACAGAUAGUAAUUGGAUUUAUUAUCUACUUGAAAUUAAAUUAGUGAAGGAAAUCAAUUUACUUCACCAUGUCUAAAAUAUUUACACCAACAAAUCAAAUUCGCUUAACUAACGUCGCCAUCGUAAGGUUAAAAAAAGGUGGAAAGAGAUUUGAAAUAGCUUGUUACAGGAAUAAGGUUUUAUCAUGGCGAAACAAAUUAGAAAAAGAUAUUGAUGAAGUGCUGCAGACACACACAGUGUUUACAAACGUUUCCAAGGGACAGGUUGCCAAAAAGGAGGAUUUAGUUAAAAUAUUUGGCAAAGAUGAUCAAACUGAAAUAUGCAAAGAGAUAUUGGAGAAAGGAGAACUUCAAGUUUCAGAUAAAGAAAGGCAUUCACAAAUUGACUCUCUAUUCAAAGACAUAGCAACAACAGUAGCUGAUAAAUGUGUCAAUCCUGAAACAAAGAGACCAUAUCCCGUGUCUAUCAUAGAAAAAGCAAUGAAAGAUAUCCAUUUCUCAGUAAAUGUGAACAAAAGUGCUAAACAGCAGUCCCUUGAUGUGAUACAGCUAUUGAAAAAGGAAAUACCGCUAGAGCGAGCUCAAAUGAGAGUAAGGAUCUUACUUACUGGUAAAGAAGCAAGAAAAACAAAGGAUAAGGUUGUUAAACUCGCUAUGAGUGUUGAAGAAGAGAACUGGGAUUCUGGCACCGCAAAUAUCAUUUGCCUUAUUGAUCCUGGAAACUUCAGAGUUUUAGACGAGUUGGUUAGGACAGAAACUAAGGGUACUGGACAAUUUGAGCUGCUCAACUUAAAGGAAAUGGUUGAAGGAGAACAAGCAUUAUAAAAUUUUUGUUGAUUUGGUUGUUAUUUGGAUUUUUAUUUCAAGUUUCAAAUUAUUUGUUGUUAACACUUCAAUGUCCAACUGCUAUCUUUGAACUUUGAGACUGUUCGCUUAGUUUCAAGACAUAGAAGUUCAAUCUUGGAAGUACAUUUAUAAAAUUAAUAUACUAAUUUAUACAUUUUAAUACAAAUAUACUAAAAUUA